AUGCGGCAUCAUUCAUCAGUCAUACCCGCAACCUGCAAUCACUCAGAAUGUGUGACAACACAGCAAAAUAUUCUUCAAUCUGAUCAGUACACUGGUAUCGCGCCUCAAAUUGCGUCUCAAGACUAUCCUCGGCCGCAGGACCUUGCAAAUAAUUCUAUGAAUCUUUCUUUCCUUCGCACCUGCCGUCAGAUCUACUAUGAAGCCCGACAUUUACCUACCCUAUAUGCGCACUAUUUUCUUCACCCAGCAAGUUGGAACCUUCUCCAAUUUUUCUUUUUGUUUACGACGCUGGCAAGUUCAAUCAAUACAAUAUCUCAAGAUACGUGUUCCACCUCGGCAAGGCAUGGAUACACACCUCGCUGAAUGGAAUGAGACUUUCUCGUUGAUCAGUCUCGGUUUCCCCAAUCUCGCUGCCAUCUCUAUCCAGAUUUAUCUUCAUUUUCCUGUGCAGGCUGUACGAGACACUUUUUGGGAUGGAGGCCUUCUCGAGCUCUGUCGCCUGAAGCGUCUCCGGGGGGUGAGGCUCUCCAUCUCCGAAUUUGAUCCUGCAUGGCCAGCCACCAGAGACCCCGUCGUCUUCUUCACAUACGCGGCCGGCUCAUUGCCUGAUUUCAUGGAUGAGAUCACAGACAGGAACAAACAACUGCCAUCCCUCCUGCAAUCGUCAUUGCCAUCCCAUCAGACACCAAAACACAUCUGUUUCCGCGAUGCGCGCGACAAACUCAGGCAUCGGGUUCAACAAGACACGUCCAUUGGUGUGGAGUGGGCAUCCCCUGACUCCUACCACAGUGGCCAGCUCUUCUUCCGCUUUGCUCCCAAUACUUUCCCGCUCUACGUCCGCAACCUGAUCCACACCCUCCCCCGCCGGUGGCCGCAUCGAACCCACGCGCACAUCCGGCGCGAGGAUCGCUUGCAUAGGAAUAAAACCGACUACGCGUACGUCUACAUCGACAGCGCGUCGCAUCCGGAGCACAAUCAAUACCCAAUCUUCGGGUUCCAAUACAACCCCAAUCUGAGGCGCCAGCAUAACGAGCAGUACAUUGCACAAGUCUAGCAGCAUUGCGGCUGUCCCGCGAGCGGCUCCGGCAUUCUCUUGCUUCUGCCCCUUAUUCCCGGCACCGGCAGCGAGAGGAUGGCGACCCCCGACCAUUGUCGCAAUCAUCUAGGGACCAGGAGCGAAAGGAAGAGCCUUGUCAUCAAGCAUCCGAGGUUAUGGUACCAGCUCCUCGACGCUGGGCUAGUCCAGGUUUUCAAGAAGAUUUCCCUAGUCGCCGAGCGCUGAGAUCCACAGUGAAUGAAAGACCGGGCGACUGGAGACGGCAACUCACAGAGGAGGCAUUUGCGCCAUUCAUUGAAUCGUUUCCGCUGGCACUUUGAUGGCGGUUUGGGAAUCCGCCUUGUUAGCAGGGGGUCUCAUCAUCACUCAUCGGAGAAGGGCGUGGAGAAGGGACCUCAUCUCGCGGCGAGAUGAUUAUUCCAAUACCCGAGGUCUGCCCAACGCAGA